AUGAGAAGUAAUGUUACGGCUUGCACUCUUAAACGGUAUCUACCGUAUUUGCUGUUGCUCAUUGGCGCUUUCGCCACUUAUGAGUUUCUGAGGAAUGUGACUAUGACGGAAGAACCAAUAAUUAUUGUACUGACUCCAACGUAUAGGCGACCAGAACGGCUUGCUGAUAUGACAAGAUUUGCGCAAACCCUAUCGCAUAUUAAGAGGUUGCAUUGGAUUGUUAUUGAAGACGCUAACCAUACUGUCGAUGCUGUGGAACGAAUUCUGCAGAGAAGCGGUUUACCGUACGUUUAUUUCCACGCUACCACGGAACCUGGUUUUCCAAAAAGAGGUUGGACUCAUCGAAAUAAAGGACUUGCUUAUAUUAGAACAAAAUAUCGCAAUUACAAACAUCCAGGAGUAGUCUAUUUUGCAGACGACGACAACACUUAUGAUAUUCGUUUGUUUAAUAACUAUAUUCGAAACGUUAAAAGUAUUGGGAUAUGGGCUGUAGGCUUGGCAGGAACUGCCUUAGUUGAAGCUCCACACGUCGUCAACGGAACUAUUGUUAGUUGGGAUGUGGUCUAUGGUCCCACGCGACCAUUUGCCGUUGACAUGGCCGGAUUUGCAGUAAAUCUUGACUUGAUUCUUCAGACGAAUGCCAGCUUUCAUCGUGGAUGCAUUAAAACUGUGCCAGAGUCGUGUUUCUUACAACAAUUUGGUAUCCCGAAGGACAAAGCCGAACCCUUCGGAUACGAUGAUGAUCCAAAAGAAAUUCUUGUUUGGCACACUAAAACGCGUAACAUUGGCAUCAGAGGUGGGAGGCAUGGCUAUGUGAUCGAAUAG